UAAACUCGAAAUCCCUAAAAUCAGCCGUCAACCCGCGGCGGGGAGCACACUCUGAAUUAGCCGGUAUCGCGCAGGAGAUGACGGAUCGCGUCGCACGGACCGCGGCGCGCCGAGCAGCAGCGUAACGUCACGACAAAACUUCAGAAGUUCGCUUUCUCCACGUGCUCUCUUCAAUGUCACCAUGCGCAGCAUCUCAUCCUGCGGUGCACUGCUGUCAGUCUACUACCCCCAGAUCUUCCUCAUCCUCAGCAGCGGCAGCUACCUGGCUUUUUCUUCAGUCGUGGCUUUGGGUGCGAACAUCAUCUGCAACAAAAUCCCUGGCCUGGCCCCCAGACAGCGCGCCAUCUGCCAGAGCCGCCCAGAUGCCAUCAUCAUCAUUGGGGAAGGCGCUCAGCUGGGCGUCAACGAGUGCCACUAUCAGUUUCGCUACGGACGAUGGAACUGCUCUGCCCUUGGCGAGAGGACCGUCUUUGGGCAAGAGCUGAGAGUAGGUAGCAAGGAGGCUGCGUUUACCUACGCCAUCACGGCAGCAGGUGUUGCCCACGCUGUGACAGCAGCCUGUAGUCAGGGCAAUCUGAGCCACUGCGGCUGUGACAGAGAAAAGCAGGGCUACCAUGACCAGGAAGAGGGAUGGAAAUGGGGCGGCUGCUCGGCAGAUGUCAAAUACGGAGUGGAGUUCUCCAGACGCUUUGUGGAUGCCCGAGAGAUUAAAAAAAAUGCAAGGAGACUAAUGAACUUGCACAAUAAUGAAGCAGGAAGAAAGGUUCUAGAGGAAAGGAUGAAACUGGAAUGUAAGUGUCAUGGCGUCUCUGGCUCAUGUACCACAAAAACCUGUUGGACAACUCUGCCCAAAUUCCGAGAGAUCGGCUAUUUGCUUAAGGAGCGUUAUGCCACUGCCGUCGAGGUGGAGGCCGUGAGAGCCACGCGUUUUCGCCAACCCUCUUUCCUGCGUCUCAAGCAGUCCCGUGGGUACAUAAAGCCCACGGACACAGACUUGGUGUACUUGGACCGCUCGCCCAACUAUUGUGAGGAGGAUGCUGUGACGGGGAGCACUGGAACGAGAGGACGGCUGUGUAACCACACGUCCCCUCACACAGAUGGGUGCAACCUGAUGUGCUGCGGCCGGGGUCACAACACCCAUCAGUACACGCGCGUGUGGCAGUGCAACUGUAAAUUCCAGUGGUGCUGCUUCGUUAAGUGUAACACGUGCAGUGAAAAGACAGAGGUGUUCACCUGUAAAUGAGCAAACGGAAGAGUUAAAAGGACAAGAAGGAAAGGCAAGAAGCCAGUGGAAAGAAACAGGAAGUGUUUGAAACAGAAACGGAAGUGUCGGAACUGGAUGGCUUUAUUUUGCACAUCAGGCAGUCUUUAUGCAAGAAAGACCGUUGCCAAAAGAGAACGGGGAAGGUUAAAGAUGAUGCCGGAACUUGAGAGGAAAAUGCACUGACCUCAGACUGACCUCGCAAACAUAUGGACAUAUGGUCAAUAAAGGCCUUCUCUGAGGAUGGGAUAUUGACUCAAAACUCCUACUGGACAUUCUCAACGGCUCACAAAGCUGAUUGAGGCAAGGGGAACUUGUAAAAUAUCCCACCAGCUGAGCCACUAUGGUCGUUCAAGAGGAAAGAGGUGCUGCAACUUUGCAACUCUGGAAAUGCUGGAAAGCUUCAGUCACACUGUAUCUGUUUGAACACUGAAAACAAAAAUGACCCUCUUACCUUCUCUUCAGGGAGAAAAAACAAAAAAAGAUUGAAAAUGUUCAUACUGUAGAUGUCUCGUAAUGGUACACAGAAGUAAACACUUCUAAUAUCAUUGCUACUGAUCUGUUGCUUCCAAAACCCAAGCCGAAACAGUAUAGGACACUGAGUAUGUAAAAAGAGCUUCUUUUGCAGUUUACUGAUGAAGAAAAGUGGCCAAGUCGUUUCUUGGUGAUUAUGUUGCCCAUUGUUGCACUGGUGGUUAUGGUGCAUACUGUUUUUUUUUUUUUUUUUUUAUGAGAAGAGGUUCCUUUGUCAAAUCAAGACUUGGUCAUGCAUGCUGCAGUACUCUGAACGGGAGUGUGUAAAUGUGUGUGGGAACUAAAGAGAGAGCGCUUUUAGAUACUUCAUAGAGUGACCAAACCAUUCCCACGAAUGCCAGAGACAUGGGAUUCCACAUCACUGCUCCGGCGUGCACAAGGUCAAGUUAUAUUCCGCCUGAGUCAAUGAACCAUACAGCUAUGGGUCUGAAAAUGGUUAAAAGGUCACUGGAAAUAUUUCGAGUAGCAUUUUUUUAUUAUUAUUAUUGUUUAUACGAGUUAAAUAGCUGGCAAAUUUGUUAAAAUUUAUUUUUU